AUGACUGGCAAUUCAGAAAAGAAUAAAGUAACUAUAGUUGAUGAGGAAACAAUGACAUUGCAGACUAAUGAUGUUGAUCAGUCACGUAUUUCAAAUGUGGGUCUAAAGCAGAAUUUGAUAGGUAAAUUGGUUAGUGAAUAUAAAGCUAGAGAGGAAUUACCUGAUGAAUUGUUUAGAAAAGUUAAGAUAGCAAAUCCUCAACCUCCUUUGGUACCAGCUUGGCAACAAUUGCCAAACCAACAAGGGUUGGUUUCAGCUUCCCCAGUUGGGGGUAUUAGUGCAGCAAAUCCUUUCUUUAUGGGACAGCAAUUUUCACAGUGUGGGUCUUCUCAAGAUCCUUUUUUGAAGACCAAAGGUGUGUGA